UCUAUUGCAUAUAUUAUUGUUAAUUUUGUGCCCAUUACUCUACCAAUGCAUACAUGAUACAUGUGACACUGCUGCGUUAUUAUGACGGUGAAAUUUCCAUUUUCAUGUCAAUUUCUUGAUUUUCAGCUCGGGAAGGAUUUGUUGUCUGCACCCUCAAGAUCUGUAGAGUAUCAACCAAGUAGAAGAUUGAUAAAUGGGAAAUAAGCGGCAACAGCGAGCGUUCAUUCCUCUCUUUUUCAUUUGCUACAUUCUUCUCUUCUUCGUUCUGAUUGGCCCUGCGGAAGGGAUAAAACAAUCUCAAGCUCUCAACCGCAAAUUUUCUUUGAAUGGGUUCCUAAACCUUGUUCUUGGCGAGGGCUCUGAGCAGUAUGUUGUCAUCUUUGAUGCUGGAAGUACUGGUAGCAGAGUUCAUGUCUAUCGAUUUGAUUCAAACAUGAAUCUCCUAAAGAUUGGUGACGACUUUGAGUAUUUUGAGAAGACAACACCAGGGCUGAGUUCUUAUGCAGAUGACCCUACAGCUGCUGCACAAUCUCUAAAGACCCUGCUUGAGAAUGCUGAAGCAAUUGUUCCAGAAGAGUUUCGGGCUAAUACUCCAGUUUUAGUUGGGGCAACUGCAGGUCUUAGACAGCUAAAUGGUGACGCAGCAGAAAAUAUUUUGGAAGCGGUGAGAGAUUUGUUAAAAAAUGAAAGCUCGUUCAAGUACAAGGCAGAGUGGGUGACUAUUCUUGAUGGUUCUCAGGAAGCUGCGUACGCAUGGGCUGCCAUAAAUUAUCUGUUGGGAUCAAUAGGCAAAAAUUACUCAGAAACUGUUGGUUCAGUUGAUCUUGGAGGUGGAUCGGUAGAAAUGACAUAUGCUGUGUCAGAGACAACUGCUGCUCAGGCCUCCAAUAUAUCAAAUAAUGGAGAACCAUAUAUUCAUGAAAAUAAUUUUCUGGGAACAACAUAUUACCUUUAUGCCUACAGUUACUUGAACUAUGGUUUACUCGCUGCUCGUGCUGAGAUUCUGAAGCUUUCAAGAAAUUCAAGCAACCCAUGCAUUCUCUACGGUUACGAUGGAUACUAUACAUAUGAGGAUGUUGUUUAUAGAGCAUCUGCUCUUCCUACUGGUCCAAACAUCAAGCAAUGCUGGGGAUUUGUUAAGAAGGUACUGAAUAUCAGUGCCCCUUGCCAGCACAAAAACUGCACAUUCAACGGUGUCUGGAAUGGCGGUGGCGGGGAUGGGCAGAACAAUCUGUAUGUCGCCUCAUUUUUCUAUGACAUUGGUUCUGAGGUUGGUAUUUUUGAGCCAAAUGCGCCUUCUGCUACUGUUCGUCCGGCGGAUUACCUGUCUGUAGCUAAUCGUGCUUGCGCAACAAAAUAUGAAGAUAUUGAAUCCGUAUUUCCUAACAUCUAUGAAGAAGAUAAGCCGGUGAUAUGUAUGGAUCUCAUUUAUAUGUACACACUGCUUGUUAAUGGAUUUGGUGUGAAUCCUUUCAAAAAGAUUACAGUGGUUCAAAGCAUCGAAUACAAAGAUUCCCUUGUUGAUGCUACUUGGUCAUUAGGGUCUGCUAUUAAUGCUGUUUCAUCACUAUAUGAAGCAAAAGAUGAGAACCGUAUUAAAGAUUUGAUGUUCUUGGCCCAUGUCUGAGGGUUGAAACUUGAAGGAAUUAGCUGUUGUCCCUCAUAUCGGCCGGCCCAUGAUGUUACUAUACGGAAUUAUCUUAUUUAUCUAUUCGGUUAAUAAACAAAUAAAACAGCUUUUUCCUUCUUUU